GAUGGCAACUUCCAUUCGUACACUAAAAACUUUAUCAUAAAUAACAAAAAAAAAAGUGAACAAUUAGAGAGAUCUAUCUAUUCUAGAUUUAUACAUCGAUUUGUAUGUUGUUGGGUUAACUAUAUAGAUCUAGAUCUAGAUAGAUCCAAUGUCUAACUCUAAUAUGAUGUACCAGAUUUGUAGCUUGACCACAUUUAUCAAUUAACAAACAGCAUCUGAAAGGACAGCAAAAAAUAAACAGCUCAGAUUGACUAGAUCCAGUUCCUUUCAUUUUGUUGAAGACAUUUGGAUCAAAUAGUAUACAACUGAUAAAAGAUGUCUUCACCUGAAGUUGAGCGCUUCGAAGUAACAGAUUAUGAUUAUUUUCAAAUAUUUGAUCCAACUGGUGCAAGUCAGAGAAAACAAACCAAAAAUCAAGCUACUUAUGGUAUAUGGGCUGAUAAAGAAAGUGAUGACAGUGAUAAUGAAACAAAUGAAAGAACAAAGAAGAACAAAUCUUUAGCUGGAGGAAUAAGCUUUAUAAGUGGAGGAUAUAAAGUAGAGCAAGAAAAUGAUUCUGCUGAAGAGACAAGCCAAAGUAAGCAGAAAAAAAGUUCUGGUAAAGAAGGUCCAAGUCCUAUGCCACGAUAUGUUAGAGGACAUCAGAAAGAUUCGGAUAAAGAAUUCGGAGCUUGGGAAAAAUACACUAAAGGUAUAGGACAGAAACUAUUGAUGAAGUUUGGCUAUAAACCUGGAGAAGGUCUGGGCAAGUCUGGUCAGGGUAUAACAACUCCUGUAGAAGCAGUAAAGAGAAAAGGCAGAGGAGCUGUGGGCAUACACGGUAAAGAGAGGUCAGAGAGAUCGCUGCAAGAUUAUCCAGUGAAAGAUGAAGAGGAAGAAGAGAAAAAAGAAUUUCAGAAACAGUUAUCUCAGUGGAAGAAGCAGCCUGUAGAGGGAAAGAAACAGAAACCUAAGUAUGUUUACAAAACUGCUCAAGAGGUUCUUGAAUCUGGAAGUAAACGUUCUAGCAAGCCAGCAGCCAUGGUGAAUCAGAAAGUUAAAAUAAUAGAUAUGACAGGACGGGAACAGAGAAUUUUGUCAGGAUACCAUGCCAUUGGGAAAAACCAUGACAAACCUGAUGAAGCUGAAGACUUGGUCAACCAGGAACCAGUGGUGAAACAAAGAGCUUUCAGUAUGCCCGAGUUGAUGCAUAAUCUUAACUUACUGGUAGAUAUGGCUGAAGAGGAUAUCAUUCAUAAUGACAGGAAGUUGCAGUAUGAGCGAGACCGCAUUGUUAACGUUCAGCAUGAAAAAGAGCGUCUGGAAAUGGUGGUGAAUCAAGAAGAAAAGCAGUUGCAGAGAUUACAAAUGGUCAUGAACCUAGUUGUCAGUUGUGAAAACAGAACAAAACCUGACAGUCCGGAUCCUUUAACUCUUGAUUCAUGUGCAGAAAUGUUUAAAAUGCUUCAACAAGACUAUUAUGAAGAAUACAAAAUUUAUGACCUCCCAUCAUUGGCUAUUGCACUUGUUUUUCCAUUGAUGAAGGCCUAUUUUGCGAAAUGGUUACCACUAAAAGAUCCAACCUAUGGACUUGAUACAGUUUUAGAAUGGCAAUUGCUUCUUGGGGCUGAUGAAAGUGCCCAGGCUUCUCAGUGCAGGAACAAUGAGCACACCAAUUUAGACGUGUAUCAGAGAUUGAUCUGGGACAUAUGGCUUCCACCUGUCCGAGCAACAGUACUGAAAUGGAUAGUUCGAGAGACAGAUCCAAUGAUCACACUUUUGGAAAGCUGGAAGCCAGCUCUACCCCCUUGGGUCUUAGAAAACAUUUUAGACCAGCUGGUGUUGCCUCGACUGCUACAGGAAGUAGAAAAUUGGAAUCCUCUCACAGACACAACUCCAAUACAUUGCUGGCUUCAUCCUUGGCUGCCUCUCAUGGGAGAAAAGUUAGAACCCUUGUAUGCUCCUAUUCGUCACAAGAUUGCCAGUGCACUGAUCAACUGGUAUCCAUCGGAUGCCUCUGCCAAAAUUAUCCUAGAGCCCUGGUUUGGUGUAUUUCGUCCAGGUCACAUGAGCGCAUUUUUGGUUAAAAAUAUUUUACCCAAACUUGAGUUGGAACUUCAGAAUAUGACAAUAAACCCACACCAGCAGUAUCUAGAUCCCUGGAGGUGGGUGAUGUCCUGGAAAGACAUGAUGCCAAUUCAGUCAAUGGUUAACAUGUUGGAGAAGGUAUUUUUCCCCAAGUGGCACCAAGUGCUGGUUGCUUGGCUGACUAACUUGCCCAACUAUCAAGACAUCACCAAAUGGUACCUUGGAUGGAAGGCUCAGUUCCCAGAAAAUCUCUUGGGUCAUCCUGCCAUCAAAGAUCAGUUUAACAAAGCUCUGGAGAUUAUGAACAGAGCUGUGUCAGGAACAUUUGUACCUGGUGUCAAGGAGAACAUGGCCUACUUCACACAUGCUGAGCGGAGAAUCAUGGACACUAAAGCCCCACCUGCCAGAGAUCCUCUUGUAGAUUCUGAGCCAACUUCUCAUGUAAGAUCAACUAUUGGAAGUGCUGCCAUGACUUUUAAAGAUCUAGUUGAGAGAAGAGCAGAACAAGAAGACAUGCUCUACAUCCCUAUCUCUGGCAAGUCCCAAGAAGGUAAACAAGUGUACAGAUUUGGUAAAGCUUCUAUCUACUAUGAUCAUAAUGUUGUCUUCAUGCAAGAUGCUAGUGGAAGGUGGAUGCCAACAUCUCUCAACUCAUUAGUGGAGGCUUCUAAAUAAUACUUUGCAUAUGUCACUGUUGGUUAUGUGUUAAUGAAUAGUAGCAUUGUUGAUUUAUUUAAGCUCUAUUAGUGAAUUAUGUUUAGUUCAAUUCAGCUUCUGUGUGUGCACAGUAUGUUAUGCACAGAGUGUUUUUUUUUUAUAUUAUGUGUACAAAAAUAAUUCCUUCAUUGCCAUGGUUGUAAAUAAAGAUGUUUCCAUUACAGUAUUUGUAAAUAAAUUACUUUGUACAUGCCAAUAUAACUUGUUUUUAAUGGUUA